AGGGGAAGCCAACAGGAAGUGUGGGUCAGGGAUUGGUGCGCUGGAAUGUUCCAGAUGCGCCGCAUUCCGGUCUGUGACCGACCCACCCACAGCGUGUGUGUGUGUGUGUGUGUGUGUGCGUGCGUGUGUGUGCGCGCGCGCGCGUGUGUGUGCGUGUGCGGCCCCGGCACAUCAUCCACAGACCGAGUGACAUAUGAGACAAUGUGACUAUGGACUAUUAAUUAACACGUCAAAUGUGUUUUGUUGAAAUGCCGACCAUCAGGAAAACAACAGUCUCCGCUUGAUGACGUCACAACGAUUGCCGUGUCCUCUUCCCGGCGUCUUUGGUUCACUCGGAAUUCCCACAAGCGUCCUCUGCGUGUCUGCGCGCGUCACUGACGUCUAAUAUCCAAGAUACGAUUGGAUUAGACAGAAUCGCUCUGUUUGGGAAACACCUGCAAAUUCAGACUGUCCCUGAAGGCAACACCAGGCACAGAUAGAUGGAUGGAUAGAUAAAUUUGAGACUGAGCGAAAGUUAGCCCCUCCCCCAGGGAGGUGCUCGUGCACGCCACAGAGCGCAUGCCCGCGCUCUCUCUCCUGACAGUCGAGCUGCUGAUGAUGAAGAUGACGAAGACGACGAUCUGUGCGGCGCAGGACUGAAAGAAGACGUGGACGAGUGCUCCUCGCGUGCUCCUCGCAGCUGAUUGGACGACGAGGUUGAGAUUGCGACUUCCCGCAAGAUGCCGCCGCUGCCACUGGUCCUCAUGUUGCUACUUCCUGUCGCCGGGUCACGCCCCUCCGCCCGCGGCGACCGCUCGGACGCAGGUGAGACCGCCCCGGACGCAGUCGAUUCGGCGACCGUGUCGUCUGAGGAUGAGGAGGAUGAAGAUGAAGUCGAGUCGUCAUCGGAGGAAAGCAAGCACGAGGAUGACGACGUGACGAAGAGCAACGAAAGCAAACGACGACGACCGCGGCGACGACCGUCGUCGCUGGCGUCGCCUCCUCGCUGGUCGUCUCCGGACAACAUGAGGCGGACGCCGUACGCUCUCCCCGCCGGCGGAACGGUCAAGUUCCGUUGCCCGGCGACGGGAAGCCCCGCCCCCACGCUCGACUGGUACAAGGACGGAAAUGACGUGAGACGACGCCAACGGAUCGGCGGCUACAAGAUCCGAGAACACGCGUGGACGCUCGCCCUGGCGACGCUGCUGCCCUCGGACAAAGGAAACUACACGUGUGUCGCGCACAACACGCACGGGCGCAUUCGACACCGCUUCACGCUCGACGUCGUCGAGCGCCCCGCUCACAGGCCCAUCCUCCAGGCGGGGCUUCCGGCCAAUCAGACGGCCGUGGCGGGCGACGAGGUGCGCUUCGCGUGUCGCGUGUUCAGCGACUUGCAGCCUCACGUGCAGUGGAUCAAGGCCGACUACGCCGGCCAGCCCGUCGGACCCGACGGGCGCCCCGGCGGCCUCGUCGUCAAGGAGGGGAGCGUCGACGCGUCGCAAGACGACCUGGAGAGCCUCGCGUUGACCAACGUUAGCGCCGCCGACGCCGGCGAGUAUGCGUGCGUGGCCGCCAACUCCGUCGGCGUCUCGCACCAAUCGGCCUGGCUCACCGUGCUGGAGGACCCGCCCCCCGGCCCGCCCCUUUCCCACAGCUACCCUCGCAUCUUCUUCUACUGCGUCGGCUUCUUCAUCGCGGUCACGCUGACCUUCGCCGCCGUCAUCUGUAAGCUGUGCUCCGCCCCCAGGAAGGGCGUCGCUCCCGGGAGCCCGCUGGUCGUCCGCAAACUCGCCAAGAGCGUCGCGCUCAAGAAACAGGUGUCUCCGGGGUCGUCGUGGUCCGGCCGGUCCAAUUUGUCUUCCGUGCGCCCGCCUCGUCCCUCCGCCGUGACCGCCGACUGCGCGCUGCCGUACGAUCCUCGGUGGGAACUUCCUCGUGAAAGGCUGACGUUGGGCAAGCCGCUGGGCGAGGGCUGCUUCGGGCAGGUGGCCUUGGCGGAGGUCGUCGGCCUGGACAAGGAGCGUCCGGCGCGCGUCACCGAGGUGGCGGUGAAGACGGUCAAAGCCGACGCCGGCGAGAAGGACCUGACGGACCUCGUCUCGGAGAUGGAGAUGAUGAAGAUGGUCGGUCGCCACAAGAACAUCAUCAACCUGAUUGGCGCCUGCACGCGCGACGGGCCCCUGUACGUGGUGGUGGAGUACGCCGCCCGGGGGAACCUCAGGGAGCACCUCCGUGCGCGUCGCCCGCCCGACUCAGAGUACUGGCGCCGCUCGGCUGAGGGGCCGCCAGGCGGCGUGGAUCUCCAAGAGCUGGUGUCGGCGGCGUACCAGGUGGGCCGAGGAAUGGCGUACCUGGCAUCGAAGAAGUGCGUCCACAGAGACUUGGCGGCCCGUAACGUUCUGGUCACGCACGACCUCGUCAUGAAGAUCGCAGACUUUGGCCUGGCCAGAGACGUGCACCACGUGGACUACUACAAGAAAACCACCAAUGGUCCUUUGCCCGUCAAGUGGAUGGCGCCUGAAGCUUUGUUUGACCGCGUCUACACGCACCAAAGUGACGUGUGGUCUUUCGGCGUCCUGCUGUGGGAAAUCUUCACGCUGGGAGCGUCUCCGUAUCCCGGCGUCCCCGUGGAGGAUCUCUUCAAACUUCUGAAGGAAGGUCACCGCCUGGACAAACCUUACGCCUGCACGCAACAGCUGACUACCUGGACUUGUCCAACCCCCUCAUCCGGACUCCUCCGCUGGGCUCCAGCCCCACAACCGGCUCCACGUAGACGCGCUCCUGGAUCGUCAUCAUCAUCAUCAUCCAGGAGGAGGAGCUUCAAAAGCAGGAAGUACAUGAAGCGUCUCGGUCCGUUGUGUUUGUUGUUUAUAACGCGUGUAAAUAUUGUUGAUAAUUGUGAAAAGGAACCCCCCAAAAAGUGUUUUGAAGAGUUUGUAACAGUGAAAAUAAUCAUUUCGUCUUUUUAGUUCCACUAUUUUUGAUUAUGCGCUCUGACAUUGGCUGUCAACGAGUCACUCCAGCUCAGCAAAAUGACAAUCGUUAUAA